UUUUUAGUAGUAGUGGUCAAUCGAAAAACGGGUCUAGUUGAUACUUGUAUUCUUCUGUGACACAUAUCUUGCUUAGAAAGCAUUUAGAUACAGCACAAAAGAAGGCAGAUUCUUGUAUUUUUUAAUAGCCAACCAAAACAUAUCGAGAAAAUUUUUGUUAGUGCUACCAAAUGGAGAUGGAGAGUGGUGUGAAUCAGUCUAAGUUUAAGAGGAUUUGUGUGUUCUGUGGAAGUAGCCAAGGCAAGAAGAGUAGCUACCAAGAUGCUGCCAUUGAGCUUGGCAAAGAAUUGGUCUCUAGGAACAUCGAUUUGGUCUAUGGAGGUGGUAGCAUAGGUUUGAUGGGAUUGGUUUCACAAGCUGUUCAUGAUGGAGGUCGCCAUGUUAUUGGAGUUAUUCCCAAGACGCUCAUGCCUCGAGAGUUAACUGGUGAAACAGUAGGGGAAGUGAAGGCAGUUGCAGACAUGCAUCAAAGGAAGGCUGAGAUGGCUAAGCAUUCAGAUGCUUUUAUUGCCUUACCAGGUGGUUAUGGGACUCUGGAAGAACUACUUGAAGUCAUCACCUGGGCUCAACUAGGGAUACAUGACAAACCAGUGGGAUUGCUUAAUGUUGAUGGAUACUACAAUUCCUUACUCUCAUUUAUUGACAAAGCUGUGGAAGAGGGAUUUAUUAGUCCAAGUGCACGCCAAAUCAUUGUUUCUGCACCAACAGCAAAGGAGUUAGUCAAGAAAUUGGAGGAGUAUGUUCCCUGCCAUGAAAGAGUUGCUUCAAAGUUGAAUUGGGAGAUGGAGCAGCUCGGCUAUCCUCAACAAUAUGAUAUAUCUAGGUGACUUCAUGACUGCUACAUCAAUGACAGAUGGAAAUUCGUAAUGUUCUAAUCUGGAAAAUUCUAAAUAUCCAAUGUGGGGGAGUUCUUUUUGUAAAUUACUGCUAUUAACCUAAAAAUGUGAAUCUUCAGCAUUCUCUAUUUGUGGAAAUUUGGUUUUAAUUAAGCUGUAAGUAACUAGAGGCAUAUGAACAUUCCCCUCUAUAAUGUUAACUAAUUUAUAUAUAUAUAUAUGUUCUUCCUUUCUUUUCA